GAGGAACUCUGAAGAGCGGUGGUGGCGCAACCGCUCACAGUGCCACCCUGACGUCCUCCUCCUCAGCUAUUGGGCGACCGGACCCAACAUGUCCCGCCUCCUCUGGCAGGUCAUUGGCAGCUGGCGCCGUGGCCGGCGUCUAUUGAUCCGCUAUGGCUGCUGAAUCUCCCCGCCGCCCGAGCCGCUGUACCGGAGGAGUGGUGGUUCGUCCACAGGCUGUCACGGAACAGUCAUAUAUGGAAAGUGUGGUUACAUUUCUGCAAGAUGUUGUACCUCAGGCCUACAGUGGCACAGCUCCAACAGAAGAAAAAGAAAAAAUUGUAUGGGUCCGGUUCGAAAACGCUGACUUGAACGAUACGUCCAGGAAUGCAGAGCUGCAUGACGUGCGGAGCACCAACAAUGAGCCUCCUUUGCUGCUUACGAUCGGCUACGGGGACGGGAUACAGAUCUGGAGCGUACCUAUCAGCGGUGAAGCUCAGGAGCUCUACUCUGUCCGGCAUGGCCCCGUCCGCACUGCUCGCGUCCUGCCCUCACCACAGAUCAGUCCUCAGAAGUGUGAUAACUUUGCCGAGAAGCGACCUCUCCUUGCUGUGUGCAAAAGCACCGGAUCUUCUGGCACCAGUCCUCCUUACUGUUGCGUUGACCUCCACUCUCUGCGAACAGGAGAAAUGGUCAAAUCCAUACAGUUCAAAACACCCAUUUAUGACCUCCACUGCAACAAAAGGAUCCUUGUGGUCGUCCUGCAGGAGAAAAUUGCCGCCUUUGACAGCUGCACUUUCACCAAAAAGUUCUUUGUCACAAGCUGCUAUCCUUGCCCUGGGCCAAACCUGAACCCUGUCGCGCUAGGGAGUCGGUGGCUGGCUUACGCUGAGAACAAGCUGAUCCGGUGCCAUCAGUCCCGUGGCGGGGCCUGCGGAGACAACAUCCAGUCCUAUGCUGCCACUGUCAUCAGCGCGGCCAAGACGAUAAAAACUGGGCUCACCAUGGUUGGGAAAGUUGUGACGCAGCUUACCGGCACUCUACCCUCGGGGGCAACCGAAGAGGAGAUGCUGGCUCACAGCAACACCCGGCGCAGUCCCUUGGUCCCCGGGAUUGUCACAGUCAUCGAUACCGAGACGGUCGGAGAAGGGCAGGUGCUUGUGAGUGAGGACUCGGACAGCGAUGGCAUCGUGGCCCACUUCCCUGCCCACGAGAAGCCCAUCUGCUGCAUGUCUUUCAACCCAAGCGGUAUGCUUCUGGUCACAGCCGACACACUGGGCCACGAUUUUCACGUCUUCCAAAUUCUGACCCACCCCUGGUCGUCUUCGCAAAGUGCCGUCCACCACUUGUACACGUUACACCGCGGGGAGACCGAAGCCAAAGUGCAAGACAUUUCCUUCAGCCACGACUGCCGCUGGGUGGUGGUCAGCACCCUCCGAGGGACCUCCCAUGUCUUCCCCAUCAACCCAUAUGGAGGGCAGCCCUGCGUCCGCACUCACAUGUCGCCACGAGUGGUUAACCGCAUGAGCCGCUUCCAGAAGAGCGCGGGGCUGGAGGAGAUCGAGCAGGAGCUGACGACCAAGCAAGGGGGCCGCUGCAGUCCCGUCCCGGGGCUGUCGAGCAGCCCGUCUGGCUCGCCUCUCCAUGGAAAACUGAACAGCCACGACACUUACAACAAUUUUACCAACAAUAAUCCGGGGAACCCUCGCCUUUCCCCGCUUCCCAGCCUGACGGUGGUGGUGCCUCUGGCUCAAAUCAAGCAGCCCAUGACUUUAGGAACCAUCACCAAACGCACAGGACCUUACCUGUUUGGAGCAGGAUGUUUUUCCAUCAAAGCCCCCUGCAAAAGCAAACCGGCUCCACAAAUUUCGCCCAGCAAAUCGGUGGGAGGAGAAUUCUGUGUGGCUGCUGUCUUCGGUUCCUCGCGGUCUUGGUUCGCAAGCAACCCAGGCCUGAAAAGAGAGAAAGAUCAGUCCAAACAAUUCGUUGUAGAGUCUCUGUACAUCAUCAGCUGUUACGGAACCUUGGUGGAGCAUGUACUGGAACCGCGGCCGCUCAGCACUGCCCCAAAAAUCAGCGAUGACACGCCCCUGGAAAUGGUGACGUGUCCCAGGGCUAGCUGGACACUGGUCAGAACUCCCCAGUGGAAUGAACUGCAGCCGCCCUUUAACUUGAACCAUCCCCUGCUCCUGGCUGCGGAUUCUGUGCAGAGUUACCAGUAUCUGCUCGCUGGAUUGGUUCCACUAGGGAGUCCGGGGCCCAUCACUCGGCACGAGUCCUAUGACAGCUUAGCAUCCGACCACAGUGGGCAGGAAGAUGAAGAAUGGCUGGCUCAGGUUGAAAUUGUGACCCACACCGGCCCUCACCGGCGCCUGUGGAUGGGCCCGCAGUUCCAGUUCAAGACCAUCCACCCCUCGGGCCAGACGACCGUCAUCUCCUCGAGUUCAUCGGUGCUGCAGUCUCACGGCCCGAACGACACCCCACAGCCUCUGCUGGACUUUGACACCGAUGACCUCGAUCUCAACAGUCUCAGGAUCCAGCCGGUUCGCUCCGAGCCCGUGAGCAUGCCGGGGUCAUCGCGCCCAACAUCUGACCGCCGAGGAAUUUCUUCCGCGGCCGAUGCUGCCUCAGGUGCCUUCGAUCGGAGCAUGACCCUGCUAGAGGUCUGCGGGAGCUGGCCCGAGAGCUUCGGGCUCCGCCACCUGUCUUCUAUCGAACAAACCGACGAGGGCCUGCGGGAACGGCUAGCCGACGCCAUGUCCGAGUCGCCCGGCCGGGACAUAGUGGGACCUGGAACAGAGCUACAGCGAGAAGGAAGCAUCGAGACGCUCAGCAACAGCUCAGGUUCCACCAGCGGCAGCAUCCCACGGACCUUCGAUGGCUACCGGUCGCCGCUUCCGACCAACGAGAGCCAGCCCCUGAGCCUCUUCCCCAGCGGCUUCCCCUGAACGGGUCCCGGCGUCCCCGGAGAGAAAUCAGACGGGCCGACGACCUGCCGCCACGCGACCGGUUGUCACGCGUUUCUCCCGCGGGCGGGCGCCCGAGACGGACGGCGCGACGACCGCCAGCGUGCCUGCUUAUGGCCGCCUUCCGGAACUGUAUGAACAAAACGCUGAAUUUUCUGUACUGUGCAAUACGGAUACUUUUCUCCUGUAAUCUGAACGGCUUUUUAGCAAUUCCCCCACUGCCACCUUUGAAUACAGGGAAAUGUAUUACAUGCUUAAAAUACUUGAGGAAGUAUUUUAAACAAUGUCUUUGUCUUUUAAGCCUAAUCUGCUUUCACCAGCCCCAUCUCUGCCCCCACGAUGAGCAGAAAUCCUAAAUUCAUGGCUCACCUUUCUUCCUUGGGUAAGAAUGAGAGCUGUUGAAUCAUAUUUAGGAAGCUGCAUGAUAUUUCCGGGCCCCCUCCAUCAGAAUUAUCCUUCUUUUGCGAAUAUCCAAACUGUUGGCAGAGCCCAUCUCAGCCCACCCACAAACUUCUGGGGUUCUGCAAGGCCGUCCCCCCCCCCCCCCGCCCUGUCCCUGACCGCAAAUUUUCAGGCUUUUGUCAAGGUUUUUACCCCUUCUGAAAGGUUGAGAAUUCGGCCCUCGAGGCUGAGUUCCUGGCAUUAAGAGCUUUAAGCUAAAAGAUGCCGGCAUCAUUUGGCCCCUCCCCCUUUGCUUUGGCCCCGCCCAGCAAUGGAAAGCCACUCCCAAGGUGCAGCUGAAUGCGGCCCUUGGGGUGCAAGAGGGUCACCCCCCCAAACUGGCAGGAGGGAGAAGCUUGAGGACUCGGCCCAAGCGAGGCGUUUGCCAUGUUGGCGGCCUUGUCCUCCUCAGAUAUCCAGCUGAUAGCAAGAAAACGGCAAGGAAAGGGUGGUGCUUUGUCACUGCCCCUUUUACUCCUGUCCUUGGGCAAGAUGGCCUUUGAUGGCCCCACCUAUUUUAGGAAUGCACUUAAUUUUAUGAACGCGAGCUGCAAAACCUCUCAGUGGGCUUUCACCCGGGAACGCCUCCUCUCUGUCCAGAAACGCAUGUGAUUGCCAAUAAAGCUGUAUGUUCAAAGGA